CCUUUACUCUGUUCCACAUAAGACAGUGCAAAUGCUUGUUUUAUGGGCAUUGAACCCAAACCCUAAUAAUCUCUUUUUCUUCCGUCAUUUCUCACUGUCAUCUACUACCCUCUCCCUCUGCAGGGCACAAAGCCCUGCAUCGUCCUCUUCUUUUCGUCCUCUUCCCCAACAUCAAUGCACCUUAUCUACCUUCAUCUUCACAGCAGUAUCUGAACCACACACAAACACACAAAGAUCCCAAAUCACAUAACCCCAAACAAGUCCUAACAACCUCCUGUGCUUCCUCUUGAAGCUCCAUUGAUUAAAGUGAACGACCACCACCAACAACAGAAGAACCCAAAAAAAAAAAAAAAGAGAGAAGAUUUAAAGUUAGUAAAAGCCACAUGGAUCUCUCAUCUCGCGGCUCUUCCACUCUCAUUCUCAGUCUGUCUCUUGCUCUGUUCUUGCUUUCAAGAGGUAUUUUAGGGGCUACCUUUACAUUUGUGAACAAAUGCGAGUACACAGUAUGGCCAGGCAUUCUUGCAAAUGCAGGAAGCCCUACACUCGACAGUACAGGAUUCGAGCUCCCCGAAGACACCUCACGCUCCUUCCAAGCCCCGACCGGCUGGUCCGGCCGGUUUUGGGGCCGAACCGGCUGCAACUUCGACGGAUCCGAGUCGGGUUCCUGCGCCACCGGAGACUGUGGGUCGGGUCAGGUGGAGUGCAACGGCGCCGGAGCAGCCCCUCCGGCGACGCUCGCCGAGUUCACUCUGGGUACCGGCGGGCAGGACUUCUACGACGUGAGCCUUGUCGACGGGUACAACUUGCCGGUGAUCGUAGAGGUGAGCGGUGGCGGGUCGGGCAUGUGCGCUUCGACCGGGUGCGUGACGGACCUGAACCUGCAGUGCCCGGCGGAGCUAAGGGUGGGUGAUGGGGAGGCGUGUAAGAGCGCGUGCGAGGCCUUCGGGACGCCGGAAUACUGUUGCAGCGGCGCGUACAGUUCACCCGCCACCUGUAAGCCGUCGGUGUACUCCGAGAUGUUCAAGUCGGCUUGUCCCAGAUCGUAUAGCUACGCUUACGAUGACCCUACGAGCACUUUCACGUGUGCAGAUGCUGAUUAUACGGUGACGUUUUGCCCCUCCAUGCCAAGUCAGAAAUCUUCAAAAGAUCCCUCACCAGGGACCACAACAACAGAUGGGUCAAUGUCAGUGUCAGGAACCGGUUCCGGCUCCGGAUCAGGGUCAGAGAUACAAGGGUCGGGUUCAGGGUCUGGAUCUGAAACUAUGUUGACUGAUGGGUCAUGGUUAGCUGGUUUAGCCAUGGGUGAUUCCAUCAGGACUAGCCCUCCUGCUUUAUUACAUUCUGUACUCAUUGACUCUGCAACUUUCUCUCUCAUCCUCUCUUUUCUUUAUUUGUAGUUUAUCUCUCUCUCUCUCUCUCUCUCUCUCUCUCUCUCUCUCCCCCCUGGCUUUUGGCUUUUUUCAGUGCCGUCAUUUAACAUUUGCAGGCCUUGAUGGGAAUGGGGUUUUUGCCUUUUGUUAGGAAAGCUGAUCCUGUAAACCACCCACUUUCAGAUUUUUCCCUUAAUAUUCAAUGUUUAUAUGGUUAAAAAAAUUGUUUUGUUCUA